AUGAGCAAUGCAGUGCGAGCAAGCUUACGACAGGCGGGUCUGCAAGACUCAGUCAGAGUAGUGGACAUACCACCUGUAAACCUGAAGCAACAGCUAGUCCGCAAUCGCGCAUAUGACAGACUUUGUGAGACACCGAAUUGCAUCGUUUGUCCAAGCGGGAGGCAGGGUGACUGCGUGGUAUACCUAAUCACCUGUCAGUUAUGUGGGGCUGAGUACAUUGGCGAAACAGGAAGAUCACUAUGUAUCCGCGUCAAGGAGCACCUAGACGGGCUCGUAAAAUCAAGAACAUCAUCCCCUUUAGGUGCUCAUCGCAGACAGUGUCAUGACAACACCCCUUUCAAGAUAGCUGUCACUAUCUUGGCACGCGAAUCAGACGUUCUAGCACGAAAAACAUUGGAAGCGUUUUAUAUCACGGCCAAAAGUCCUAUCAUGAAUCGUAAAGAAGAAUGCAUCGCUGUGACCAACGAGCUGGCGCCAUAUCAGGACCUUUGCGGGUUUUGA